AUGCUUCCAGCCAACCCGACUAUCGAAAACCUGACUCCCGAAGUAGUGGCCAAAACCAUCGACCAUGCGCUGCUCCGGCCAGACCUCACCACGCAGCAAGUAAUCGACGGCUGCAAGCUCAGCGCCGACUACCAAGUAGCCAGCGUCUGCGUGCGCCCCUGCGACGUCUCUCUCGCCGCCAGCCACCUUCAAAACACCGGCGUUGCCAUCGGCACCGUGAUCGGAUUCCCGCACGGCACAACCUCGACCGCAGCCAAGGUAGCCGAGUCCCUGCAGGCACUCGCGGACGGCGCCACGGAGCUUGACAUGGUGUUGAACAUUGGCUAUGCAAAGUCCGGCCAGUGGAGCAAGGUGCAAGAGGACAUUCGCGCCGUGGUGGUGGCGGCAAAGGGGAGGUAUGCAGGGUGCUGUGUGAAGGUUAUUUUUGAAUGCUGCUUGCUGGCCGAGGGGGAAAUUCGGAAGGCCUGCUGGGUCUGUGAGGAGGCGGGCGCGGAUUUUGUCAAGACGUCAACUGGGUUCUCGACUGGGGGCGCGAGAAUUGAGGAUCUGAAGGCGAUGCGCGGCUGUACGAGUGUGGCGAGGACGGGGGUUAAGGCGUCUGGCGGGAUACGGUCGCUGGAGGAUCUGGCUGCGUGCCUGCAGGCCGGUGCCACUCGAAUUGGCACCAGCGCAACUGCCGCUAUUAUCAACGACUUGCGCGCCAGGCGGAAGUGA